AUGGACCAGCCUAUGCAUAGGUUUAAGUGUAAAAAAUUGGCUGACGCCGCGGGCAUUGCGAAUGCCAAAAGGAGACGACCCAUUGCUGCCGUUUCGGAAGCCGGUUCAAGUGACAGUUUUAUUGUUGAGGCUAAUCAGUCUUGCGGAACACAUGAACACAACAAUGUCACUGGUUGGUCCAGUAACCAAUGGCUGGGGGCAGAAAACCACCUUCGUGGAGUGUGUUUUUUUGGGUGCAGAGGCCCUCUGGUCAGCGGUGGAGCGUAA